GACAAGCUCGGGUCUAUUUGCCUUCCACUUGCACUCUUGCAUCAAAGAAACGGUGCGUACAAGAGAUGAGAGUUGAAAGGAAGUCUCCGUGAGUGUUUCAUUCCACUCGCCUCAAUGUUUUAGGGUCUUUCAGUGUCAAUAUUCAUGAAAACAAUCAACCCACCUUCACACUCUCAAUUCUGUGCUUCAUGGGCUCGAUGCUACGACCCCACGAAGAAAGUCACCAAAAUUUUCAAACCGAAAACCUCCCUUAAACCCUCCGCCUUUUCAAAAUCCUUGAGCACCUCAUUUAAUUUCAACCAUGAAUAUCGAGAGGAAGAAAAGCUAGAGCUCCACCAACUCAAUGAUAAAACCCCAGAAAUUUUGAACCUUCCCGUUGUGAUACGCCAGUCCGGCAGGGUCUCCAGUUAUUUUUGGGAUGGGAAAGAGCUGAAGUUAGUCUCUGUUGAUGAAAUUAAUGUACUCUCGCUGUCGAAUUUUUAUCUGAAUUUCGAAGGUGAAAUGAGGAAAUUGAGUAGAGUUUGUGUAAAUGCUGUGAGGAACUUUUUCCUACCGAAGGAAGUGAGUGAUAACUAUUUGGAGUAUGUGAAAUGGAAGUUUUUGCAUAGAGUUUUCAGCUCCGCUCUUCAGGUUCUUGCUACUCAGGCAAUGUUUCGGGCAAUAGGAAUCGGCUAUUCUCGUUCACUCCCAUCAGCCGCUGCACUAAACUGGGUUUUGAAGGAUGGGCUUGGAAGGCUUAGCCGGUGCAUUUACACUGCCAGCCUUGCUUCAGCUUUUGAUACCAAUCUCAAGAGGGUUAGGUUUGCGACAUCUUUCCUGUUCAGCUUGAGCAUUGGGGUCGAGCUGCUGACUCCCGUCUUUCCCAAAUACUUUCUGCUUCUAGCAACACUAGCAAAUAUUGCUAAGCAAAUAAGCCUUGCUUGCCACUUAGCCACUGGUUCGGCUGUUCACAGAAGCUUUGCGAUCGCGGAUAAUCUUGGUGAAGUUUCUGCGAAGGCUCAGAUUCAGACAGUGUGCUUUGACAAUAUUGGUCUCCUGUUAUCUGCUACCUUGAACAUCAUGUUUAGAAACAAUCAACGAUUGUUGGCAGCUCUACCAUUUGUUGUGUACCCAAUUUUCUCGGCUAUUGAUCUUUGUGGGAUUUAUCAAGGCCUUAAACACGUUCAUCUCCAAACAUUAACUAAGGAUAGACUUGAGUCGAUAUUAAAGAUUUGGAUUCAGCUAAGAUAUAUCCCUUCACCAGCUGAAGUGAGUACAAAGGAAGGCAUCUGUUUAUUAUGGAGAAAAGACAGUGAGCUACUACCGAUUAGAAUUGGAAUCUUGAAUCCCAAGAGAAAUAAGGCUUUUGCAAUGUCAACGCUGUCCAUGAUGACAUUGAAGUCUUUAAAAGACGAAGAUUCGUACUUCAUUUGCUUGGAGAGCUUAAAUUAUGGAUCCAGAAUAAUGGAUUUCGGGAUUCUUCUCUGUUUACGGGAGGGGGCCCAAACUUCCGAUAUUAUCAUGGGUUUAUUGCAGGCUUGUUACCUUCGUAACCGGGUCCUACUCGAUACGAUUUAUUGGGAGAAGAUUCUAGAUGCAUGUCAGCACUCGAAUUCAUAUCUUAGAGAAUGGUUUAUAUUAUUAGAAGAAUGCAAGAGGUCUGCAGAAGCUGAUCUGUAUGCGUUGAUAGAUAAGAUGUCGGUAUUGGGAUGGUCUUGCAAAAACGUGCUUUUGAGCAUGAGAGAGCAAGAAAGAUACAGUUUUGUGGCUGAUGGCUGAGAUUAGAGUGUGUUUUUGUAAUCAGAAUUCGUUACACAGCAAUAGAAGGUAGGGUGUGAGUAACAAUGAAGUUAAUUAGUGUAGGAUUUACAGAUUAAUAUAUGUGGUCCAAGUUUUCUCCUACACGAAAGCCCUUUCCAUCAAAUGUUGUUGUUUGUUCUCUUAGGUAAAUUUUGUCAACAUUGGCAAUAAUCAAUAUACUUAUUUGUACUUUGUCAUGUAAUUAAGUUUUAGUUGGCUAUAUAAAAUUAUGUUUUAUAUGGACAGCUC